AUGAAUGGGUUAUGUGAUCGCUAUAUGAAGCAAGCUCCAAAUGAAGUUCCUGCAGAGAUUGCAAACAACCCAAAUUAUUUUUCUUACUUCAAGGAUUGCAUUGGUAUGAUAGAUGGCACACACGUUGACGCGGUAUUACCCAGUAACCUAGUUGCCCAUUUUAGAGGGAGAAAAGAAGAUCCAAAUGAUGAUAUUUUAAAUGAAAAUAUAGACAUUGAUGAAGAUAAUGGGGAAGUGACAAAUGAAGAUGACUCAAGUGUGGUGGAUUAUACUCAAACUAGGACACAGAGAGAGGAUCGAGAUGAAAGAAAUGAAUGGAAGGAGCUACGAGAUCAAAUUGCUUGGGCGAUGUGGGUGGAUUAUUGUGCAAAGUAUAAUGGUAGUAACACAAUGAAAAGUGGUUUAGCUUAA